AUGUGUGCAUGUGUGAUUGAAUCCAACACCAUCCGAUACGUCAACUACAAUGAAAAACAAUUCGAUCUCUGUGAAACAUGUUUCAAUAAGUGCUACGAUCGUGUUUUGAAAAAGAAAAAACACAAUUCAUCAUCCACGAACAAUGACAGUGUAGACGUUGAUGAUGACAAUAUCAAUGAAUUUGCACAAAUCGUGGAAGAAGAUUUAGGGUUCUUUAUUCCCGAAACGGCACAUUAUUUUGAUAUGAAAAAGAAAAUCGAAUCCGAUCGAGUCAACAAGAUCAUGUUUAAAUCUUUUAUUGAAAAUCGUUUAAAACCAUGUUUUGGUUUAUUGAAUUCUUCCGCUGACAAGUAUGAGUGGAUGAGAUAUGAACAAGUGUUUCACUUAAUUUGUUGUAUUGCUUUGGGUUUGGAAUACUUUCUACAAGUUCCAAAAAAGUACAGCACUAAUGACAAGUCAUGGAAAGAACGAUGUUUUGUGUCCAUUUGUGGAAAGAAUAAUUUGGAUUGGUACUUGUGUGACUAUGCUUGUUUAUUUAAAUGUAUUGUAUUGGCUCCCAUUCACUUUGCUCAAACCAAUGACGAAAUGAGACAUAUUGUUGAACUCACAGAGAGUCAAGCUGUCAUUUGUACGCCAGAAUUCAUUGAUCGUUUUAUUGAAAUUGCGAAAGAGCACACAAAGUCUGUGAAAUAUAUUAUUGUGAUGAAUGAAAGGUCAGAACCUAAUGAAAGUGUUGAAAAAUUUAGACAAACCAUUUGGAAUGAUGAUUCACCUUCCUCGAAGAUAAAUGUCAUUCCACUCUCUGAUGUCAUUGAAAAGGGUAAAACCAUUCUAUGUGAAUAUUUAAACAAAAUCAAUAAGGUGAAAAAGAAUCGCUAUUCUAAAUACUUUAAAGAUUAUGAAACAAUUUUAACUCAAAAUAAGAGCUCUUCUUCCAUCCACAAACUUUGGAUCUAUCUAGAACAUGAAGAAUUUAUUUUAAACACAUUGAAUCAUCCAGAUGAUUUAUUAACACUUGUCUUUACGAGUGGCAGCACUGGUCAGCCAAAAGGUAUUAUGGUCAAAGAUUCAUCUCUGAGAAGAGAAUUGAGUGGUUUUAGAACGGAAGUACCAAGAGUGUUAUUUUCUUUUUGUCCAUUGGCUCACAUGUCUGAUCGUAAACAUGUCAUGAUGGGAAUUUGUGAUGGAGCAAGAAUUGGAAUUUUCACUCGAGAAUUCUCUCACAUCUUUGAAGACAUUCAAUUGUGUCGACCAACAGUUCUCGCUUCAACACCACGAAUAUACAAUGUUCUCUAUGAUGAGUUUAAAAAGUGUGUCGAGUUGGAACAUUCACAACUCAAUGAAAUGCAUAAGAGUGAAAAAGAAAUUGAGGAACAAGUCAUGGCUGAUUUUAGAAAAAUGCUUGGAGGUCGAUUACAAACAAUUAUUAUUGGAGGAGCAUCGAGUAGUAGUCAAGUGAGAGAUUUCUUGUCUCUUUGUUUUAAAUGUCAUGUCAGUGAUGGAAUGGGAUCUUCUGAGGCUGGAGGAAUUAUGAAUGAUGGACGAGUGCAUCAAUCGGUCCAUUACAAAUUAGUUGAUGUUCCUGAGAUGAAUUACUCGAUUCGAGAUAAACCCUAUCCUAGAGGAGAACUCUGUGUGAAAACAGAAACCAUGUUUGCAGGAUAUUUCAAGAAUGAAGAAUUGACCAAUCUCGCAUUGGAUAAUGAUGGAUGGCUUCACACGGGUGACAUUGUGGAAGAGCUAGGUCCAAAGAAUUUGAGAAUUAUUGAUCGACUUAAAAAUAUAUUCAAAAUGGCACAAGGAGAAUUUGUGUCACCAGCCAAAAUUGAAGACAUUCUCAUUUCAUCCAAAUACAUUUUUCAAGCAUAUGUGUAUGGAAAUAUCAAGAGAAGCUUUUUACUUGCUGUUAUAGUUCCAAAUGCAACACUCGUUAAGAAAUUUGCAAUCUCUGAAGGAAUUUUAGAAUUUUCUUCGAAUCAAAACAACACUCGUAUCGAUGAAAUUAAGAACAAUGAACUUGAUGAUCUUUCUCCUCUCACUGACGAAGAAAAGAAUAUUCUCAAAUCCAAUGAAAAGAUUAAGAAACUACUUUUAGAAGAAAUUGAAAAGGUUUCAAUGAAAGGUUCACUACUUCCCUAUGAAAUACCAAAAGAUAUCAUUAUCGAUUUUGAACCAUUCGAUCCAGACAAAUUGUUGACUCCUUCCAUGAAAGUGAAAAGAUUUGAAUGUGAAAAAUAUUAUUUCAAUCAAUUAGAAGAACUCUAUGAAAAAAUCGACCCCACCACGGAAAAAAACACACAAAGAAUCACUGACGAAAUUCGAGAUAUUUUGUUGAAAAGUACUACCACUGAAAAUGUUACCACGAGUAAUGACACCAGUCGUGGUACUUUUAAGGCAAUUGACAGUUUGCAUGCUGUUAAAUUUUCAGGAAUUCUCAAAAACAAAUAUCACAUGGAAAUUCCACUUUCACUCCUCUUUUCACAGAAAGAUCAAGACAUUGAUUCUGUAGUGGAGAGAGUUUCGAAAUUCAUUUCUGAAAAGAACUCUCCCUAUUGUGAUCUUAAUCAAGAAGGAUUGGAUUGGAAACAACAAUUACUAUUACCAACUUCAAUGAUGAAAGAAAUUGCUGAAUUAUCUCAAAGGAAAGUAAAAAUCAAACACAUUUGUGAUUUAGAGAGAGACAUACUAUUGACAGGAUGUACUGGAUUUUUAGGUGCAUUUAUUUUGAGAGAUUUAUUGGAAGAAAUUUUAAAAUCAAAAAAAAAGGUGAAAGUGUUUUGCAUUGUAAGGAGAGAAGUGAAAAAGAAUGAAGAAGAAACAAGCUCAUUGAAAAGUCCAUUGUUGUUGAACUCGAUUGAAAAUAAUCUUGAAGUAAUGAAGAGAGUUAAGAAAACAAUGCAAGAAUUCAUGUUGUGGAAAGAUGUGUAUGAAGAGCAUAUUAUUGCUUUGCAGGGUGAUCUUUCAAAGCCCUUGUUGGGUCUUUCAGAAACUCAAUUUCAUGAGCUUGCCUCAAGAAUUGAAUUAAUUUAUCACAAUGGAGCUUAUGUGAAUUCGGUCAUGUCGUACUCUCAAUUAUAUCCAAGCAAUGCAGGUUCUACCUUGGAAAUUCUUAAACUUGCUAUACUUUCUUCACAUGAUGAUGAGUAUUCAUCAAUGACUCCAAUCGUUUUAAUUUCAACAGUUGGAGUAUUGCAGAGUGGCCUUUCGUCUUUUGGUUUUCCAACUCAAAUGAAUCAUUCCACAGAAAAAGAGGAAAUGAUACAAGAUUUGACUGCUCAUGCAGUUUAUGUUUUGAAACAGUUAAAGACCCAUUUGGAGCAUACGAAUGGGUACAACAGCACAAAAUUUAUUUCGGAACAAUAUAUCCAACAAGUUCGCUUACUUGGUUAUCCAGCUUGUAUAUUUAGACCUGGAAUGAUCGGAUCAGAUUCUGAAAAUGGAGUUUCAAAUUUAGCAGAUUGGGUCAACAGACUUGUUCUUGGAUGUUUUGCCAUGAGAUGUUAUCCAAAAACAGGAAGAAGCUUAAAUGUCAUCCCUGUGAAUAUUGUUUCGAAGGUUAUUGUUUGCAUGAGUCAAUAUUUUCAUACCUAUGUUGAAACUCUUGAGAACAGUAACAUUGUGAAAUAUCAAUUAUUUGAAUUGGCGAAUACUGAAAACUAUGUCGUGCAAUUUAGUGAUCUGUUGGAAAGUGCUGCCAAAGUUGAAGCAUCCAAGAACGAGCAAGCAAGCAUGGAAAAGAUGACAUGUGUGCCUUAUCAAAAAUGGAAACAGAAGUUAACAGAGAUGAACAACAGUGCGACACCAGACGACAAUUUAUUAAGACUAGCAACUAUUUUCAAGUCUGGUUAUGAAUUUCCUUCUUCUGGAAGUCAGCUUCAGAAUCAUCAUGUUCACAAAAUCAUUCAAGCUCUUUCAAAAACAGACGACGAAAAUUGUCGCAAGCUGAUUCCUUAUAGACAAAUGGAUUCGUCCUAUUUUGAAAAACAAGCCUCCUAUUUGGUGGCACAUAGAAAUUUACCUCGCAACAAUUAA